CGGACGCUAAAGAACGAGCGCUCAGCUGCCGCCGAAUUUAAAGAGACAUGCACCACUUAUUUAAAUAAUACGACCAUUGGGGGGGAAAAUAGAUACAUUGUUUCUUGUUUUCUCCUUCCAUAUAGGUGGGGGUUCAUUACGGAUCCGUACGCUUGAUGCGAACAUUUAAAUAGGAAUUAAGAGGUCUGAACACACUUGGCACGACCUCUUUUCCUAUUUGCGGGCUUGAGCUGGAAGUGUACUGGAGUAACUGGGUGGCCGUAAAGUAAACUGGACUUGUAGGGGGGAGAAGUGAGCUAGGUGGCCCCCUCAACCGAAGUGAUCUGAGCACGCCAGAACAACCUGCAAAUACGGAGGGACGGUAAAUAAUCGUGGCUUGGGUGGCUGUUGGUGGUGGUGUGGAAGAAGGAACACACACCAUGGCGAAAAUUCAGGCUCACAGCAGCACCACGAAGCAGAUCAGCCAGAUCCAAGACAAGGCCUAUGUGGUCCAGAAGCAAGUCCAACAACAGCACUUUCAGAAACUAAAGGUGGAGGAUGCCUUGUCUUACUUGGAUCAAGUCAAAAUACGGUUUGGAAAUGAUCCGGGGAUAUACAAUAAAUUUCUGGAUAUCAUGAAAGAGUUUAAAUCUCAAAGUAUUGACACACCAGGAGUCAUCAACAGAGUUUCUCAACUCUUCCAUGGACAUCCAGACCUUGUUCUGGGGUUUAAUGCCUUCCUACCACCUGGGUAUCGUAUUGAAAUUCCCAAGAAUGGAAUGGCAUUUCUACAAUCACCGUUUUCCACACAGCAGGUCUCUCCAGCAGGAAAGAGCACGGGCAGCUCUGUGGUUAGUGCCGCUUCGUCAGCAUUGGCCGAGGCUGUGUCGGCUCAAAAUGAUGCAGUGACCUCUCCGGAGAGUAAUGCUUCAUCCUGUGGACCUCCUGAACAGUCAAGCAGGUUGUCACUGCCGUUGCCCAGCCGAGAGAGCCAAUCACAGCCAGCCACCACAUCGGUGUCCCCACCUACAUCGGAGCCCAGCCCUGUCGAGUUUGACAGCGCCAUCAGUUACGUCAAUAAGAUCAAAAACAGAUUUUUGGACAACCCAGAAAUCUACCGGGCCUUUCUGGAAAUUCUACAUACAUACCAGAAGGAGCAGCUGGAGGUAAAGGAGAACAGAGGGCGUAGCAGUGGAGGAAUGACGGAGGAUGAGGUUUUCUCGAAAGUGGCGAGUCUGUUCAAAGGCCAGGAGGAUCUGCUUGCAGAAUUCGGCCAGUUUUUGCCAGAUGCAAAGAGAUCUCUGUUCACAGGAGGCUCUUUGACUGCCAAAGACCAUAUGAAGAAAGCAGAGGACGAGGAAAUGAACAAACAGAGCAAGAAGAGACCUAGACCCAUGUUACUGACCCCACUUCUGAAGAAGAAAAUUAAGUAUUCCUGUUCCAAGGACCCAUCCUUUGCCUCUGUCGGAAAACAUGGAGUCCUAAGGGAAUUCACGUUCUUUGACAAGGUUCGUCGGUUGCUCAAAAGUCAAGAGGUGUACGAGAAUUUCUUGCGCUGCAUAGCCCUUUUCAAUCAGGAAGUAGUUUCAGGGGCUGAACUCCUGCAACUUGUAACUCCAUUUUUGGGGAAGUUCCCAGAACUGUACACCCAGUUUAAGUCAUUUUUGGGCGAUAAAGAGCUGUCUCACUCGGUCACUGGCCUCUCCGACCGCUACAUGGAGGGUGGAGGCAGAGAAGUGGACUAUGCAUCCUGUAAACGCCUGGGAUCCAGUUACAGAGCCCUGCCCAAGACCUACCAGCAGCCCAAAUGCAGCGGUCGAACAGCUAUAUGCAAAGAGGUGCUGAACGAUACCUGGGUUUCAUUCCCUUCCUGGUCUGAAGACUCCACAUUUGUGAGUUCCAAGAAAACCCCUUAUGAAGAGCAACUUCAUCGCUGUGAGGACGAGAGGUUUGAGCUGGAUGUUGUCCUAGAGACUAAUUUGGCGACAAUCAGAGUUUUGGAAAGUGUGCAGAAGAAGCUAUCCCGCCUUUCACCGGAGGAUCAAGAGCGCUUCCGACUGGACGACUGCCUGGGCGGCACCUCUGAGGUCAUCCAGCGGCGUGCGGUCUAUCGUAUCUAUGGUGACAAGGCUCCAGAGAUCAUAGAGGGGUUAAAGAGGAGUCCAGCCACUGCAGUUCCUGUUGUACUCAAAAGAUUGAAAGCUAAAGAGGAGGAGUGGAGGGAGGCCCAGCAGGGCUUCAAUAAAAUCUGGAGGGAGCAAUAUGAGAAGGCGUACCUGAAAUCACUGGACCACCAGGGAGUCAACUUUAAACAGAACGACAUGAAGGCCCUUCGAUCAAAGAGUCUUCUCAAUGAAAUAGAGAGCAUCUAUGACGAGCGGCAGGAGCAGAGCACGGAAGAGGGCGGUGUGGGCCAGCAAGGUCGUGAUGGCUCUGGCGGAGGUUCAACCAGCGAACCCCACAUGAUCUUCACCUAUGAGGACAAACAGAUCCUGGAAGACGCAGCCUCGCUCAUCAUCUACCAUGUCAAACGGCAACCCACCAUCCACAAGGAUGACAAGGACCACAUCAAACGCAUCAUCCAGCACUUCGUCCCCGACCUCUUCUUUUCCCGCCGUGGUGAGCUGAGCGAGACCGAGGAGUUCACGGAUGAGGAGGCAGAGGGAGAGGAUGGUGCCGCUGCAGGGGGUGGAGUCACAAUGGCAGGUGGCCAGCAGCAACUAAACGGUGAUUCUAGGCGAAGACGAUGCACGUCCCCGGAAAACAUGGACACCUCUGCAGCCGCCCACAGCAUGAAUCCAGAAGGGGAGGUGAUGGAUCUGCGGGACCCAGAGGCGGAGCACCAAAAGGAAAUGGACGGUGUCUACAACCUGUUCUUCGUCAAUAAUAACUGGUACUUCUUCCUGCGGCUGCAUCAGACUCUGUGCUCGCGGCUGCUGAAGGUUUACAGACAAGCUGAGAGGCAGUUACUGAAACACAGAGCGGAGCAGAAUCGAGAACGGCAGCUUAUGGGAGAGGGGCGCAGGGAAAAGACGAGUGACCUCGCUAUGGAGCUGCGUCUAAAACAGCCGAGCGAGGUGGAGUUAGAGGAAUAUUACCCAGCUUUCUUGGACAUGGUACGCAGUCUACUGGAUGGAAACUUAGAGGCCACUCAGUAUGAGGACACACUGAGAGAGAUGUUCACCAUCCAUGCUUACAUCGGCUUUACUGUCGACAAGCUCAUCCAGAACAUUGUCAGACAGCUUCAACACCUGGUCAGUGAUGAGGUGUGUUUGCAAGUGACUGAGCUGUACCUCACGGAACGGAAGAGAGGGGCUGCAGGGGGGAAUCUGUCCUCCCAGUGUGUCCGCGCUGCUUGGGAAGCCAGCUACCAAUGGAAAGCAGAGAGAGUCAUGGCUGAGGAGAACUGCUUUAAGGUGAUGUUCAUUCAAAACAAAGGUCAGGUGACUUUAACAAUUGAGCUACUGGACACAGAAGAGGCCCAGGGUGAUGACCCGCUGGAUAUUCAGAGCCUGUCAAAUUACAUGGAGCAGUAUAUAGGGACUGAGUCAGUGUGCUUUCAGACAGAGGGCUACUACUUCAAGCCUGUAUUUUUACCCAGGAAUCUGAGGCAUUUCCGCGGCUGGCAGCUGAAGCAGGUGGAAGCCAUGCGCUGCCGGAGAGAGUGGCAUCGGAAGAUGGGUGUUGAGACAGCCGGGAAUCUGGACUGCCGUUUCAAACUCAACAUGCACAAGAUGGUUUUUGUGAUGAACUCUGAAGACUACAUGUACCGCAGAGGAGCCCUGGUGAAGGCAAGGAGGUCCCAGCACAGAGUAGCACGAGCCCAGCAUGACCGUUUUGAGCAGUGGCACCAGGGCUGGCUGAACGAGCAUGUGUCCCCUGGCACUGAGCACAAUGUGCAGGACUGGCUCAUGGGAGAAGAAGAAGAGGACAUGAUCCCUUGCAAGACCACUUGUGUGUCCACACAGGUCAAAGGCUUACCUGUCAACAGGUACAAGGUGCACUACAACAGCAAGGCCCCCGCCUCACCGUAACAACCUCAAGCCUGCGGGUGGAUUCUCUCUCUCUCUGUCUGCCUCUUUCUCGCUCACUCAUUCUCAUGGCUGAGAUCAAUAAACAGACAAGAGUGGUUUGAGGACAGACUGCUGCUCAGAGGAAAAGCCUCACACACUCUGUCAUCACCAAACUAGUCCAUUAUUACCGAUGAAGUGACCAGACGUUUUAGAAAUGUGAAUGUCAAUUAUUAUUAUUUUUUUAAAGAAGCAAGUACAUUGUAGAUUUUAGCUCCUGAAUCCAGAGUUUUGUUUUGUUUAUACUGAAGUAUUGAGAGACUAUGUUUAAACAUCUGUAUGUGUUUUUUGUACAGUAUGACUCGAGAGCUUGAGCAAUUGCAUAUAUACAGCAGAAGAAUAUUCUGUGUGCAUUUUCUAGCUACGAUGACUUGGAAAAUUAUGUUUCUCUGGUACACACUGCUGGCGUCUUAUCCAUAAUGUCCUCGUUUAUGUUGUACGUUUUGUGUUCUUUCUGUUCAUCGUCUCCUAUAACUAAACGGAGGAUUACCAGUGCCACCUGUCAAUUACUGCUCAUAAAUUAUAGUCGAUUUUGUUAAGCAUCCAGAUCAUGUAUCAUAUCAAUCUCGCCAAAUCCUUGCUUUUGUUUGGUGUCAUUUUUACAUAUUAAAACAGAAAAAAUAUCAGUGUUUUGAAAAAAGAAUGUAUAAAAUUUAUCCUGUAUCAGUUAUCACAAAAUAAACAACCUAGUUGUGCAGUUCUUAAGAAUGAAUUGUUUCUUGCUGAAUUCUCAUUUUUAACAUCAGUAAGUUGAACCUGCAACAGCAUGCCGUAUCAAAUUUUUUUAGUUUAUGCUGUGCUGCUGAUUAUUUACAGAUAACUGCGGAAAAUUAAGUGCCAUUUUCCACUUUUGUUGUUUUAAAAAGCUCAAGAUUUUCUGAAAGUGUUAACUAUCAACAAAACAUUUCACCUCAAACAAAAAUUACAGUACUGUGCAAAAGUCUUGGACACAUAAGAUGUUUAACAAAAACAUUUGUCUUAAGAUGGUUAUUUAUAUCUUCAGCUUUAGUUUUUUUGUCUAGAGGAUAUAUACAUUUUAGAUUCCAAAACAUUUAUUUUGCAAAUAGAAUUGAAUAGAAGAACAGGGAGCCCUGCAAAAGAUGGCAUAGCCCCCACAGAGCCCCCCUCUGAACAUCAAGUCAGUCUGAUAUUACAUGAAAAGACAGAAGCAAUUGAGACAGCCUAAAUAGAUAGAAGAACUGUGGUAAAUUCUCCAAGAAGAUUAUCUGCCAGUAACCAAGAAAAACUGUGUCCAGGUGUACCUAAGAGAAUUGGUGCUGUUUUGAAGGCAAAGGUGGUCACGCCAAAUAUUGAUUUAGCAUUUUUAUGUUUAUUGGACUUUGUAUAACGUUAAUUGAUAAGUGACAACUAUUUAUGGCAUUAUUUUUUAAAGAAAUCCAUUUUUCACAAGUGCCUAAAACAUUUGCACAGUACUGUAUUUUUUGCAUGAAGAAAUUAAGUCUAUUUUUGUACCAUUAAACUUUUUUGCAUUGUGAAAUUAUUCACAAUAAUGUUCACCAAUUCUCAUUACUGUAAUUCUGUUGAAAUAGGCAUAAAUUGAUUCAAUACAACAAAUACAACCCUGAUGUAUAAAUGCAUUGCAAUUUAAAUAAUUUGUUUCCCAUUAAAAGUUUUUUUUUUUUUUUAUACUAAUGAGAGUUGCAGAGAUCUGUGAAAGCAUUUUGGUUAUACAAAUAGGCCUAAUUUUCUUUAAGCAAAAGAUUAUUCCUUGUUGUUUUUCCUCUUGAUUUUGAGCGUGAAAUUU